AUGUUGCAAAGAAAAUUUCUGCACCUGCUUCUACUUCUUUCGCUGCUGUUUGAGGUGGCCCAAGUAUAUUCCAAAGGUAUAUAUUGAUAUAGUCUGUGUGCCACGACUUGAAACUUCACGGAACGACAUUCCGCUGUUCCGCUGCGUGCGUUCGCGAAGCGUCUUUCGAAUCUAGGUCACGAUUUCAAUUGAUUGCUGUUGCUGUGGGAGCACAUUAAAGUAGAGUACCUUAAUAAAAGAAGAAAAAAAAAUUAAAAGCGCGACCAAGGUUCGCAAGCGGCACAGCGGAAUGUCGUUUGGUGAAAUUCCAAGUCGUGAUAUAGUCAAUGUUUCCCAAAUUGAAAGGCGAGGGAGGCGGGAUGCGUAGCGUGUGCGUACGCGGUUCUUGGCACGACUUCAGUUCAACCGCCAGCGAGCAUUCAGAGAGCUCAUUUAUCGCUCUUUUCACUUCUUUUUUUAAUUUUUUUAUUGAUUAUGUUAAUUUGUGCAUCAAAAAUUAGAAGAAAAUACAGAGAAAGAGCGGUUGCCGAGCUUUUUAAGUAUUCGGCGGCAAUUGAAUUGAACACGUGCCAAGAACCGCGUACGCACACGCUACGCGUCCGCCCCUUGCCCCGCCUCCCUCCCCUUUCAAGUCGGGAUACAUUGACUAUACGCAGGCUAUAAAUGAAAUAAGUAAUUGGAAACUUCUCAGAGUCCAUCAGAAAAGGAUGCACGGGCGCGUGCUCGUGCACUCGCGGUGUAUGUAAAUGCUAUGAAAAAGACACGAUGUGCAUGGUAAAGAAACCGGGAGGCGAAAAAGAAUGCUGCGGUGAGUGUGGCGGUCAUGAAUAAAUUAAGAACUGCUUGAAAAUUCCGUCUCUGGAAAAGUUUAACACACGUUCUCCGAGAACGAUGAAUUUGGCACUAAAAAUUCAUGUUGCUUUUUUUGAGCUCAUACUUUAUAGCUGAUCCACGGCUGACUUGAGCCAUCAAAAAAGGGUCCUGACACGAUAAGAAAGGAGAUAGUAUAUGACAGGACGCUAGUUGACCUGACCUCAAUGCCAUAUGUACUAUCAUGUAGGCGUGCCAAUGGCACGCCAGCCUACUAUUGUCACUCUUGCGCUCAGCACGCAUACCAACUGGCGGUGCUGAGUUGCUCUAAUAAAGAUCCAAGAGCAAUGUCGGUUCUACACACAUCUAAAUAACACGUCAAGGCCCGGUGAAGCCUUGCGCGGUUAUAAAUACCUCGUUGGUGGAGAGCGCAGACAGGCCACGCCCCCUUAGCGUCCCAAAUUUUUCCGGGAAUAAGCUAUAACACAACAACUAAACAAGCCUCUGAAACUUAUAGUUAGAGUUUUGACAGGCUCCGCCCCAUUUGAGGAUUACUGUACGAAAAAAAUCCAACUCUCUUUGAAAAAUCGUUUUUUUUAGUUUUUGAUUUUUUAGACAGGUAAAACCCCCGAUCCGUGAAAUUUUUAUUCUUUUAAAGGAAGAUUGUUUUUGAGCUCAUACUUUUAUCACAACAACUACAAAAGCCUCCGAAACUUAUAGUUCAGGUUUUGACAGGCUCCGCCCCUUUUGAGGUUACUGUAGCCAAAAUACGAUGAAAAUUUAACUUUUUUUCCGUGGUCCGCGAAAUUUUUAUUCUUUCUAACGAAGCGUCAGCAUACGUCGGCUGGAUCCCACCCCGGGGUUCGGCCUACCCCCCUCAAACUGCGGCUUUUUUAUAUUAUUUUUUUAAUAGGCUGGGGUGGCAUCCAGCCGACGUAUGAGCGUCAGGUCUCCGAAAAAGUUGUCCAGAUUUUUCAGUUUGAAAAAGAAAAACUCAGACAAUGAAAGAAAGCUCGAGUCGAGCUCGGGGGUAUCUUGAGAUUUUUGAGAUCCUUUUGGUUGUCUUUUUUUACAGAAUACGUGUUUUUCAGGAACAGUAUAUUGUAAGUCCGGUUUUCAAGCUGGAUGGGUAGACUCACAGAACGUGUCAAACUUAUAUGUGGAUCCAAGCCGCAUCGACAACUAUUUUGAACAGGCUGACGUGAACCGGUCUUGCCGUGAGUUUCAUAGAACUUUUAUGAAGAGAGUCCUUUUUUUUUCAGCCGUUCUCUACCCGAACCUUUUGUAUGAAUAUGUCAAAAAACAAGACCAGAAAGUGAAUAAAGAACAGUACUGGGCCGUCGGCUUGAAAGAAAACAAAGUCAAAUAUUGUAUAAAAAAUUCGGAUUGCGACGGAUAUUGCGACAAAAUCUACGAUGAGCAUAUCUCGAAAAAGGAAAAAGCAAGAAGUUUAAAAGCGUGUUUCAACUGUGAGUUCUGAAUUUUGUACGCCGCAGUUGGAAAGGCUCGAAGCGUUGCGGUCGCGUUGCGGCUCGAGCACACUUUGCGUCCAUCAGUUUUAUGGAAAGGAAGUCGGUUAUAGUCCGUUCACCGCGACUUGACAUUUUCGCGUGUCUGCGUCUCUCUGUUCCCUCACCGCCGAGGUCAGAGAAAUGUCAGGUAAACAUGAGAGGGUCACCGAGAGACAAAGACGGCGCAGAGAAGUCCCGCGCUUUUAAGUCGCGAAAAACGGACUAUAGAAGGCCUCAACGCUUUGAGUAAUUCGAAGUGGGACCGAGUUUUUUCAAACGGAUAAAGUAUAGUCUGUGUGUCACGACUUGGAAUUUCACCGAACGACAUUCCGCUGUUCCGCUGCGUGCGUUCGCGAAGCGUCUUUUGAAUCUAGGUCACGUGUUGUUAUUGCUGUGGGAACACAUGAAAGUAGAGUACCUUAAUAAUAAAAAGCGCGACCAAGGUUCGCAAAGGCGCGCUGCGGCACAGCGGAAUGUCGUUCCGUGAAAUUAAGUCGUGGUACACAGGCUAUAUUAAAAUUAGUAUAAUGCGAACGUUUUUUUCUUCUCUUGCUGUUUGUCGCUUUCACUAAUAUAAACAAUAUUCAAGAAAUUGUAUGUCCCAAAUUAAUUCUCACAUGUUCAAAACUCAUUAGUCACCAUUGCUGAGGAAAUCUGACCUGUCAUUUCAACGAAAUCGAGUUCUCUCAAAAAGUGGCAGCGCUCAGGCAUGCUGGAAAAGUCAGUCGGUUCGGUCAGUCGGUCAGUUUGGAAAACUAGGCCACGCCGCAAUAUUGCUCCAUGGAACACUUAGAAUUUCAAUUUUUUUUGCUAUUUUCUGAAUUUUUUUGUCCGUUUUUAAAUUUUACUUAGAAGGUUUCCUCUUAUUUUCAUGUAUUUGUAUUCUUCUUGCAAGUAAAAUACGAUUCAAAAACUAUAAACUGAUUAAGUUUUUGAAAAUUCUCAUUAAUUUUUUUGGAUCCUAAAUAACUUCAUAUAACCGAAUGAAAGAAAUUAACAAUUAUAAGUAAUCGGAAAAUGAGAUAAUGUGUGAAAUAAACACAAAAAAGGCAAGAAACAAAAUUACCUCCAACAAAAGGUAAAACAUUACCUAGGGAAACAAUGAUAAAUAAGAAAAAGUUUAGUUUAAAGUGAGGAGAAUGUAUCGCAUAUCCUAGAAAACUGAUAAAAAGGUAGAAAAAAGUCUGAAAUUCGAUUUUCCAUGGAGCAAAAUAACGGCGUGGCCUAGUUUUCCAAAUCGAUCGACCGACCCAACCGACCGAUUUUUCCAGCCCAAAGGCGCUGCCACUUUUUUCACAGCUUUUUGGCAUCGCAUAAACUCAAUCAAUUUUUGAAAGUUAGUGACUUUUCCACCACUGGUGAAUCGAGAGGUAGAUGCAAGUAGGUACCGGGUAGCAACUCAAGUCAAUCGGCGUGUCGUAAUCGGUAGUCUUUUGUAUGCGACCGGGUACUAUCUCUAUGGUACCUGGAUAGUACCUGAUCGGUAUCUGGAUGCUACCGGGUAUGUACCUGAAAUUCGCGAUUUCCACUGGCUGGCACAUCGGUCGUUGAUAUACCAUCCGUGUUUUUUACACCUUCCCAAGCCUUCCAGGGUCUUAUUGGAUAAAGCUGAAACAAAAAUUAACGAUCCGGGAAGCAAUUCCAGACUUUCCGGGAGCAAUUGCGAAUGUCAGGUAGCUACCCGGUAGCUACUUGCAUCGACCUCCGACCCAGGUGCAUAGAGAUAGUACCCGGUCGCAUACAAACGACCACCGAUUACCAUACGCCGAUUGACUUUUUCAAAAGUUGCUACCCGGUAGAUAUUUGUAUCGACUUCCCGAUUCACCUUUGACAACUGAAUUUUAAAACUUGUGCAUUUCCAGUUCUACCCAAUAUGACAAACCUUCCAAGGAAAGACGAUAAAUAUGGCCUCAUUGCAUGCGCCAAUAAUGACGAUUGCAAGUCGCCCAAUGAGUUUUGUUUUCAUGGAAACUAUCUGUUUCACGCCAAUUCCGAGAGUGCACCCAGCGGCGUUUGUUUGCGAAGUAAAGAUAAAAAAUCUCAAAUAAAACGUUGAGUUUUUUUUUAAAGGCGAAGACAAGGUUUGCAAGACCAAUCACGAUUGCCCUCCUGACAAAAUAUGCAGCAAAUCGGACACGAUAACAGAUUACGGUAGCUUCGCUGAGUCUCUCAGCAUCUGCACGGAAGGUUUAUUGCCUUGAAAUUGACUUGGUCGCAGAGAGAAUUUUUUUUUCGAAUUUUUUUUCUCUUUGAAGUUCUGAAGUACAAGGAGGAGUUUAACCAGGGACCGUUUUUACCUCCCCCUUUUUUUAACCCCCCUUUUUACUGCCCCUAUGCCUUUAAAGUUCUGAAAUACAAGGAGGAGUUUAACCAGAGCCGUUUUUACCCCCCUUUUUUUUUAAUCCCCCCCACCCCCUCAUUUUUUCUUGUUCUACACUCAGGAGAUCGUUCAGGGUAGAAAACGUUCUCUAGUAAGACUUUGUGUGCUUUUUGAAAAAAAUCCUAGAAAGUUGUUCUGAAUUUACUAUGAAUUUUUAAAGUACUUUUUUUCCUUUUCAAAAUUCUUUCAACUCAUUUCAGACAAAUUCAAGAACCUUUACCUGCUCAAGUGGGAACGCUCAUUGCAAAUCAGACGAAAUAUGCGAAUUAUUCGAAAUUUUUUUCGACGGCAAAGAUCAGUACUUUAAAGACCACUACACGUAAUUAUGAAUAAUUAAAAUCUCGAGUUAUUCGAUUUUCAGAAGGGAGUGCAUUGUUGUUGACGGGCAGAAAUACUGUUUUCAUGGUCCGUUUUUUUCAAAAAAAAUUAAAAAGCCCUCAAAUGACUACUUGUAGCCUUGUUGGAGAGGUCUUUUUUGGCAGAUCUCAAUGAAAUCUUUGCUCCUUUUUUUAAGCACCUUUCAGUUGUCUUUAAAAAAUCACUGAAAAUCUCAAGUACUUUCCAAUAACAUCUGCAGAAAAUUAAACAUCUUCGCAGUAUUAUUUUCGGAGAAAAUGAAAUUCGAGAGUAUUUUUAUGAGUUCUGUGUGGUUUUCGUGUAUCUGAUGUUCAUGGAGAAUCUUCCAUAGGCGAAUUCGGAAAGAGUCGAAAAAGGUUUUGAAUUUUUGAUUUCUAUCCAUUAGUUGACUUUCUGAAGCGGAACUUCCAAGGUAUAAAAAAUUUUUUUAACGGGGCUUUUCUCAAAUUUUUUUGGAAGUUUUUUUCAUAUUUUUUUAUUGAUUUUCGGACGCGAGGCAACCUACCAGAACAAUAUUCUCUGUUUUUUUCUUUCGUUAUCCGCAAUUUAGAGUUUUUUUACCUUUUUAUGAUCGCUGCUAUACUUUUUUUAUAUGAUGUUCAAAUUUUUUUCAAUUUCAUAUUCUUCAAAUAGAGAAGAUUUUAUAAUGAUCGGAAGCCAUUCCAAACUUUAAAAAUUGAAAAACAUUUUUGGAGUAUGCGACAAUGCGUCCCGGUGUGUUUACACCAUAACUAUCAUAAUUCACGGAACGUUUCGACUGUCGUACCGAAAAAAAACGCCGUGAUUCUUGAGUUUUGAAUCACGUAGAAUCACGCGGUCGCGCUGCGACUCCGCUCUGAAAUUUCUAAUCUCGCUGUUUCGCUCUGUGCGACAAGGUUUGAUAUUUCAGAAAAGGUGACGGAUAGCGCGUGCCCGGCCUUCAGUAUAGCGAAGCUAAGUCCUAAUAGAACCACUAUCGAAUGCAAGUCGGUGACGACGUCGACGAAAACGACGGCGACGGCGACGACGGCGACGGCGACAAAAACGAAGGCGACGACGGCGACGUCGACGAAAACGACGGCGACGACGGCGACGACGUCGACACUGACUCGUGCGACGUCUCCUCCAAGAAGUACGACACGCCAGAAGCCUCCACCGACGACUACAUUGGGGACGACUUCCCCUUCAAAGCCGCCGACGACGUCCGCAAAAAAGAAUACGUCGAAACAACCGAUUCAUCGCGCGACAACGACUACUGAUUCAACGUCGUUGGUUGACUUUGGCUACGUCGAAUCUUCCUCUUUUCAGGGAUUCGACCAGCCAUUCUUCAAGUCCUUCGACAAGGACAACCACAUUCAUAGCUACAGAAUCGAUUGAAGAUGUGCUCCCCGAAGGCUUUUUUCCACCCUCGGGGGAGAAGGUGGGAUUCUGAAACUUUUGAGAAGUUGUUAUAAAAUCCAUAAAAAUAUGUUUAGGAAGUUAUCGGAUUUUAGGAAAAGGAAGGCUCUUUUUUAUUUGCUCGAAACUUCUUUAGAUAAAAAAACUUACCAUGGUCUCGGGACGCAGUGGGACUUCUGAAUGAGACCAAGUCUACUAGAUGCAGUUUUUCACGCUGAUUCCAAAUCUGGUCUCAAAAUUUGCCCAAUACGUCUGUGGAAAAAGUUAUGGACCUCCAAAAGUCGAAAUUUUCGAUGAUUGAGCUCAUUUUUGGAGGGUAUACCCUAAAAAACUCAUUCAGAAGUCCCACUGCGUCCCGAGACCAUUCCCUGGUUAAAGCUGAACUUUAGUUAGCCAGUUUCCUGAACGGUUAUGAGUAAAUUACAAGGCAGGUCAUUUUACUUUGCGGCUGGAAUUUCCUGAAAAUUGGCCAGAAAACUCCUUGAUGUACCAGGGGAUGGUCCUGAAAGUUUCAACCUGCGCAACUUUCGGAUUUUCAGGGUUUUCUUUGCACUUGAAGUGUCCUUUACAUGUUGAGAAUUACAGGAUUUUUUUUUUUUGGUACAUCAAGGAGAACCCAAGCCAACUUUUAGGGACCCCCGAACCGUAAAAUAAAAGGUCCCUCCUUGUUAGGAGGUGUUAGCGUCCCUGAAGUGCUCACUUGAAAAUGAUGGUUUUUUUUCCCAGUGUUUUGAAAGCUUCAGAGAGGUCAUAAGAGCUAUUAAAAAAUCUCCCGAACUUUUCCGAGUCAUUAAGUGAUCACUUGAGUGGUUUCAUAGCCUCUUCAGUGCUCACUUGGAAAUGGACUCUUCAGUCCGAAAUGUUUUCCAGUGUUUAGAAAGGUUCAGAGAGGUCAUAAGAGCUAUUAAAAGAUCUCUUAAUUUUUUCCAAGUCAUUAAGUGAUCACUUGAGUGGUUUCAUAGCCUCUUCAGUGCUCACUUGGAAAUGGACUCUUCAGGUCGAGCCAAAAUUUUUUCCCAGUAUUUAGAAAGAUUCAGAGAGGUCAUGAGAGGUAUCAAAAAAUCUCUCAAACUUUUCCGAGUCUUUUAAGGAUCUUUAGAAAGGUUCCCUCGCCUCUUCAAUGCUCACUUAGAAAUCGCCUUUUCCGUUCAAGCCAAAAAGUUUUCCCAGUGUCUAGAAAGGCUCAGAGAAGUCAUAAAAGCUAUUAAAAGAUCUCUUAACUUUUUCCAAGUCAUUUAUGGAUCACUAAAACGAUUUUAUCGCCUCUUCAGUGCUCACUUGGAAGUAGGGUGCUAGGACAAGAGCGAGUUUUCCAUUUGCGAGGGGUACUGUAUGCGGAUAUGCGCAUUGCGUGCAUACACUUUGCGUGUUUACACUUUCGUUUCGUGACGUCACUGGGUAGGACAUCUCUGGGUUUUUUUUCACGAGUUUUUUGUUUCGAACAUGUGACGUCACGCAACGAAAGGGUAAAUACGCAAAGUGUAUACACUCAAUGCGCAUUUCCGCAUACAGUACUCCCCGCAAACGGAAAACUCGCUCUUGUCGUAGCACCCUAUUCCAAGUGAGCAUUGAAGAGGCGAUGAAAUCUUUUUAGUGAUCACUAAAUGACUCGGGAAAGUUUGAGAUAUCUUUUAAUAGCACUUAUGACCUCUCUGAACCUUUUAAAAAUUUGGGAAAACAUUUUGGCUUGAACGGAAAAGGCGAUUUCCAAGUGAACGCUGAAGGGGCGAUGAAAUCCUUUUAGUGAUCACUCAAUGACUAGGGGAAGUUUUUAAGGCGAUUUCCAAGUGAGCCCUGAGACUCUCCAAAAUUUUUUUCCAGAAUGGCGCGAUGGCUUCUGACGGAAUUCCCCGCUCAACGAGGGUGAUCGCUGUCUUCGGCGUGAUUCUUAUUGUGUUACUCAUCGGAAUCGGAAUACUUAUCGCUACGAAAAUGAAUGUCAAGAAGAAGAUGACCGUGAAAAAAGUGGACUCCGCGAAAAAGGACGAAAAUUCGAAGCAGCCCACUAGCAUCCUCAGAAGUGUCAUUAUUGGCGAUAAUUCGGUUUUUUUUUUGCUUGAAUUGACCACUAAGAAUAACUGCCGAGAUAAACGCGAGACACUGGCGGUAGAUUGACGAGCUCGCAAACAUCUCGCAUUUUUCUGGGCGCCAGCUCGCACUUUCCUAGGCGCGAGCUCGCAUUGCUCUCGCAAUUUGAAAAUUUCUGAAAUGCAAGAUGAAUGCGAGAUGGCGCCGAGAAAAAUGCGAGGUCGCGCCGAGAAAAAUGCGGGAUCGCGCCUAGAAAAAAGCGACAUUUUUGCGAGUUAGUCAAUGUACCGCCACCGAGCUCGCGUUUAUCUCGUCAGUUAUUCUUAGUGACCGGAUGAUUCUACAACUUUAGGGCGCACAUUCUCCGUUCGCCGCCAUCUAG